GCCGAGCGGGCCUGUCGGGGUGCGCCGAGCAAGGCGGUGGAAGGCGGGAGCACGUCCGUCGGCUGGGUGCGGUGAGGGUUCGGCCUGGCCUGGGAAAGACUCAGCCGCCGACAUGCCCGGGAUAGACAAGCUGCCUAUCGAAGAGGCGCUGGAGGACAGUCCUCAGAAUGAACUCAGUGCGGCAACACAUUUGACUUCGAAGCUUCUAAAAGAAUAUGAGAAGCAGCGCUUUCCUUUGGGUGGUGAUGAUGAAGUUAUGAAUUCUACUCUUCAGCAGUUUGCCAAAGUGAUAGAUGAGCUCAGUUCUUGUCAUGCGGUACUAUCAACUCAAUUAGCAGAUGCCAUGAUGUUUCCCAUCACACAGUUCAAAGAAAGAGAUCUAAAAGAAAUUCUGACUUUAAAAGAGGUUUUUCAGAUCUCCAGCAAUGAUCAUGAUGCUGCGAUUACCAGAUAUAGUCGACUGUCAAAAAAAAGAGAAAACGAGAAGGGUGGAAACCUAAUGAGCCAAGGAAGAGGUGAAGUAGCUGGAGGACUUGUAAUGGAUAUAGACAAUUGUUCAGUAAUGGCUGUGGAUUGUGAAGACAGAAGAUACUGCUUUCAAAUAACAUCUUUUGAUGGCAAAAAGUCUUCAAUUUUGCAAGCUGAGAGCAAAAAAGAUUAUGAAGAAAUAAACUUCUUUAAAAUGGGCUCAGAAAACCUUUCUGAACAGCUGGAAGAAUUUUUAACAAAUAUUGGGACAAGCGUGCAGGACGUUCGCAGGGAAAUGGAUCGUGAAGUGGAGACAAUGCAACAGACUAUAGAAGAUUUGGAAAUAGCCAGUGAUCCGCUUUAUUUACCAGAUCCUGAUACUACAAAAUUUUUGGUCCAAAGAAACCUUACACGCAAGGCUGGUUAUCUAAAUGCAAGAAA